CUUCUGCUUCUGUCUCACGCCUCCGCCCUCUUCAAGAACCAGCAUUCCCCCCCCAACUCCCUCAAGGCCUUUUCAUAGCAUAGUAGCAGAUUCUCUCUCUCUCUCUCUCUCUCUCUCUCUCCCUCUCUCUCUCUCUCUCUCUCUCUCUCUCCCAAUUCGUUCACGAACUGAUCAUGGACUCAACAACGCCGCCUUCUCAUCGAUCAGAGACUUGCCUUCGAUUGAAAUCGGCCUCUCGCCUCUCCCGUGUCGGCGAUUGCAAUGGCGAAAGCGAAGGAACCCCUGGUGGAGUCGGUGGAGUCGCUCUCGAUCUCGUCCCAUGUUCCCUGAGCAGGACUCCUCCCCCCUCCAAUCCCUCUCCUAAACCCUCCAAUCCCUCUCUCCCUCUUCACGAGCUUCUCCUCCUCUCCCAGUCCCCUGUUAAGCGCUCCAAGACCCGCCUGCCCGAGCGCCUCGAAAUGGCGGAAGAACUCUCCAUUGAGCCUCGCCGGAGGUGCAAGAGCAGAGCUUCUCAAAUGGGUCUUUCGGGAUGCGGUUCGCCUAGAAACGGUCGAAGAUCUCGGCGACGGACGGAGCUAGAGAGUCGAGAAGAGAAGGACUACUUGGGCGUGGCGGAAGAGUUGGGGAAACCAAGAAAAAGACGACAUAGUGGUCGCCCAAAGAAGGAGAAGCUGAGCUUGGCCCCUUCUGUUCCUUCUUCGACUCCAUCUCCAAAAAUUGAUGACGGGGAUCGAAUUAAUCUAGAUCGAAUCGGGCUGCUGUUAAGUGAUUUGAUUUUUUGGAAGGAUGUAGCGAAGUCCAGCCUCUGGUUUGGUUUUGGGUCCCUCUGCUUCUUGUCAUCUUGCUUUGCCAGAGGAAUAAGUUUUAGCAUUUUAUCAGCCAUUUCGCAACUGGGACUCUUGUGUCUUGGCGUCUCAUUCUUGUCAAACUCAUACUGUGAUAGGGUAAAUAUGGAGAGGCGGCUUGAAUAUAAACUGAAGGAAGAUGACAUAUUGAGAGCGGCUAGGCAUAUACUUCCGGCUGCAAAUCUAGUAAUUUCGAAAACAAGACAGCUCUUCUCUGGAGAACCAUGCAUGACCCUCAAAGUAGCUCCAUUGUUCCUGGUGGGAGCUGAGUAUGGCCAUCUUCUAACCCUGCGAAGGCUUUGUGCUUUUGGGUUUUUUGUCAGCUUCACUGUCCCAAAAUUGUACUCAUGUUACUCUGAUCAGAUAGGCAACCGAGUUGAGUACUUAAAAAGGGGGGUGUUGGAGGCAUGGGGAGCUUGUUCUCACAAGAAAAUUGUGGCAGCAUCAGCAGCCACUGCUUUUUGGAAUCUGUCUACUGUCAAAACACGUAUUUUCGCAGCAUUCAUAACUUUGGUGAUAUUCCGAUACUAUCGGCAACUUUCAGUAAAACCAGAAGAAGGGGGAACAGCAGCUGGAGUUGAAGAAGUGCGGCAGCAGCAGGAGGCAUUGGUUUCAGCAGAAGGGGGUGUGUCAUAGAAGUGUGCUCAAAAUUUUCGACCACUUCAAAUAACAAUGUACUUGUUUCAUUUUCUAGCUAUAUAAAGUUACGGCAUUGGAUCAGUGCAUAACAGAUAUACAUUUCAUAGCAAGCAAUAAUGCUCGUGCACAGCAAACAUGAAGUGGAUCCUCCAUGUUUAAUGCUUAUUUGUAUCAAUACAAAAGGCCCGUAUUUAUUUAAUACCAAAGCAUGUGCAGUAUAAUCCUUUGCCUCGACUCUUGAGGUCAUCAAUGGAUUAAUUAAUUAAUCUGAUAAA